AUGCUAACGUUCAUAUGUUAUUGUCUUCUGUAUCACUUGAAUUUCUUUCUUUCUUUCUUUCUUUCUUUCUUUCUUUCUUUUCAUUAUAACAAUCAUUCUGUCCAAAAGUCUUUGGUAAUUCAUGCUAAUGUUCAUAUGUUAAUGUCUUCUGUAUCACUUGAAUUUCUUUCUUUCUUUCUUUCUUUCUUUCUUUCUUUUCAUUAUAACAAUCAUUCUGUCCAAAAGUCUUUGUCUCUGGUAAUUCAUGCUAACGUUCAUAUGUUAUUGUCUUCUGUAUCACUUGAAUUUCUUUCUUUCUUUCUUUCUUUCUUUCUUUCUUUCUUUCUUUCUUUUCAUUAUAACAAUCAUUCUGUCCAAAAGUCUUUGUCUCUGGUAAUUCAUGCUAAUGUUCAUAUGUUAAUAUAUGUAUCACUUGAAUUUCUUUCUUUCUUUCUUUCUUUCUUUCUUUCUUUUCAUUAUAACAAUCAUUCUGUCCAAAAGUCUUUGGUAAUUCAUGCUAAUGUUCAUAUGUUAUUGUCUUCUGUAUCACUUGAAUUUCUUUCUUUCUUUCUUUCUUUCUUUCUUUCUUUCUUUCUUUUUCUUUUCAUUAUAACAAUCAUUCUGUCCAAAUCUUUGGUAAUUCAUGCUAAUGUUCAUAUGUUAAUGUCUUCUGUAUCACUUGAAUUUCUUUCUUUCUUUCUUUCUUUCUUUCUUUCUUUCUUUCUUUCUUUUCAUUAUAACAAUCAUUCUGUCCAAAAGUCUUUGGUAAUUCAUGCUAAUGUUCAUAUGUUAAUGUCUUCUGUAUCACUUGAAUUUCUUUCUUUCUUUCUUUCUUUCUUUCUUUUCUUUCUUUCUUUUCAUUAUAACAAUCAUUCUUCUCUGGUAAUUCAUGCUAACGUUCAUAUGUUAUUGUCUUCUGUAUCACUUGAAUUUCUUUCUUUCUUUCUUUCUUUCUUUCUUUCUUUCUUUCUUUCUUUCUUUCUUUUCAUUAUAACAAUCAUUCUGUCCAAAAGUCUUUGUCUUCUGUAUCACUUGAAUUUCUUUCUUUCUUUCUUUCUUUCUUUCUUUCUUUCUUUCUUUCUUUCUUUCUUUCUUUCUUUCUUUCUUGCUUUCUUUCUUUCUUUCUUUCUUUCUUUCUUUUCAUUAUAA